AUGGGCUCUUUAUAUCGAAGUGAGCUUAUGACUUUUUGUGAGUUAUAUCUCCCAUCUGAAGCAGCAUACAAUUGUAUUGCAGAGUUAGGAGAAUUUGGAUUAUGUCAAUUUAAAGAUUUAAAUGAAUCAUUUAAUUCUCAUUCUAGAAAAUUUCAUAAAGAAAUAUCAAUGUGUGAUGAGAUGGAAAGAAUUGUUGAAAACAUUAAAAAAUGUUUAAAUGAGGAAGGUAUUAAAUUUAGAGAUAUUGAUCAUGAUGUUCCUGUUCCUGAACCAAAAGAAUUUUCUAGUAUGCAUACAAAAUUAACACUCAUUCAAAAUGAGUUAACUCAAGUUAGUGAAUCUAUGAAUUUAUUGAAAAAAAAUUAUUCAGAACUUAAUGUAUGUAAACAUGUAUUGUCAAAAGUUGCAGGUCUUGUUGAUUCUAAUAUUAAAGCUAUUGCUACAAAAAGUAUUAGUGAAGUAGAACAUGGGCAUGCUGGUCCAUUUUUUACAUCUGAUGACAAUGUACAAGAAGAAACCAGUACAACAAGAGAUAGAGAUGAAUCAGAAUUAUCAUUUAUUUGUGGUGCAAUAAAUAGUACUAAAAUGAUAAUUUUUGAAAAAUUACUUUGGAGAAUGACAAGAGGUAAAGCUUAUGUUAGAAGUCAACCAAUAGAUGAUGAAGCAAAUACUAUUUUUCCUUCUGAAAAUAAUAAAAGUGCUUUUGUUAUUUUCUUUAUCGGUAAACAAUUAAAACAAAAAAUUAGAAAAGUAUGUGAUGCAUUUCAUUGUAAUAUUGUUGAAUCACCUGAAAAUCCUAAUCAUAGAAGAAUACUUUUAGGAAAAUUAGAGACACAAAUUUCUGAUUUAAUUGUUGUUAUUAAUAAAACAAUUGAAUAUAAAAAUAGAAUUCUUUUUGGAACCUCUCAACAUAUUUCUCAAUGGGAGAUGGAGGUUUUAAAAGUUAAAAGUGUUUAUAAUAUAUUAAAUUACUUAAAUGUAGAUGUAACACAUAAAUGUUUGAUUGGUGAAUUAUGGACACCAACUAAUGAAAUUGAAAAUGUCAAAAGUUAUCUUCGUAUUGGACAAAAGAAAGCUGAAUGUACUGUUGAACCAAUUCUUUCUCCAAUUCAUAGUCAUGAUAUUCCACCAACAUAUCAUAAAUUAAAUAAAUUUACAAGUGGUUUCCAAAAUAUUGUCAAUUCUUAUGGUAUUGCAGCUUAUAGAGAAAUUAAUCCUGCUCCAUGGACCAUUAUUUCAUUCCCAUUUAUUUUUGCAAUUAUGUUUGGUGAUUCAGGUCAUGGUAUCAUUAUGCUUCUCUGUGCUCUUUCAUUUGUAUUAUUUGAACAAAAAAUAGAGAAAGCUAAAAUAAAAGAUGAAAUUUUUAAUACAUUUUAUGGUGGUAGAUAUGUUGUAUUACUAAUGAGUUGUUUUUCAAUUUAUACUGGAUUUAUCUAUAAUGAUUUUUAUUCUAAAUCUGUUAACAUUUUUGGUUCAUCAUGGAAAAAUCCUUAUAAUGAAUCAAUAAUAAUAAGUAGAUUAAUGGAUGAUAGUGCUUCAUUAACACUUCCUGUUGAAGAAGCAUUUGAUUCUAACUAUGGACCAUAUCCAUUUGGUGUUGAUCCAAUAUGGAAUUUAGCUACAAAUAAGCUUACAUUUUUAAAUACAAUGAAAAUGAAAAUGUCAAUUAUUAUUGGAAUUUCUCAAAUGGCAUUUGGAGUAGUUCUUUCAUUAGUUAAUUAUAUUCAUAGAAAAUCACUUCUUGACUUUUUCUUUAUGUUCAUUCCACAACUUCUUUUCCUUUCAUGUAUCUUUGUUUACCUUUGUAUUCAAGUAAUCAUUAAAUGGAUAUUCUUCUCUGUAACACCAGGAUUUAUAUUUGGACAAUAUUAUCCAUCAUCAAAUUGUGCUCCAUCUUUGUUAAUUGGUUUAAUUAAUAUGUUCAUGUUAAAACAUGGUGAAGUAGGAUUUGUAAAAGAUAAUAAUGCUCAUGGAAAAGUUUAUGAUCAAUGUUACCUUCAACAAUGGUAUCCUGGUCAAGGAACAGUUGAGACAAUUCUUCUUGUUAUAGCUGUUAUUUCAAUUCCUGUUAUGUUAUUAGCUAAACCAUUAAUUCAAUUAUGGAUGCAUAAACGUGGUAUGAAAGUAAGUAGUGGACAUGGUCAUGAUGAAGAAUUUAGUUUUGGUGAUGUUAUGGUAUAUCAAGCUAUUCAUACAAUUGAAUAUGCUCUUGGUUGUAUUUCUCAUACAGCAUCUUACCUUCGUCUUUGGGCUUUAUCCUUAGCUCAUGCUCAACUUUCUGAAGUUUUAUGGACUAUGGUUUUAAAUAUGGCUCUUUCAAUGAGUGGAUAUGGAGGAUCAGCAGCAAUUUAUUUUAUAUUUUGGGCAUUUUCUAUACUUUCUGUAGCAAUUUUAGUUCUUAUGGAAGGAUUAUCUGCAUUUUUACAUGCACUUCGUCUUCAUUGGGUUGAGUUCCAAUCUAAAUUUUAUUUAGGUACUGGUAUCGCAUUUGAACCAUUUUCAUUUGUUGCUAUUCAAAAAGCCAAAGAAGGAUUAGAUUAA